AUGUUCAGUGGCACUGCCAUAGAAGCCUCACUGGAGCUUCAACUCAAAUCGCCUUUAUCAGCUUCGACCUUCAACUCGAAUAGUCCACAUGUUACAUCAAAAAGCCUGCACUGUCCAACAUAUCCAGCAAUCUAUCCUCCUUCAAGGCCUCAUUUCUUGUCUGUUGCUAUGAAAAAGCCACGAUCUCAGUUGCACAAAUCGAUAUUUUUGGUAAAUUGCGCACCCAGUACUAUCUUUCAAUUGAUUUAUGUUGGUAUCAAUGAUGCCAAGCACCAUGUUGAACGUCCCAUAUGCAAAAUGAAACCUACAGCCGCCCUUCUUCAGCAUGCCAAGAAGGCAGCACUGCCAUCCCAAACCAAGGUGAUUAACGAGUUCCAUGCUGUGGAGGCUGCUAAACGUGCUGCUGAACAUACCUCCACUUCAUCCCCUACCGAAACCACACAAUCUCCAUCCACCUCUCCCGUACCAUCAGCACUGUCUGCUGUUAACACCCGCAAAAGGGUCCACCCUGAAGACUCUGACAGGGAAUCUAGUGAUGAUGAGCGUGAAAAUGCAUGUACUAAUCCCAAGCCUCAAAAGCAGCGCAAAUCGGCUGCUGUUCCAACUGAACCAGAAUUAGUUGACGUUGACGGGGCCAAUUGGAAGGUGAAAAAGCACAGGAAGUGCAAGAUGUGCCCGAAAGCAUGUAUUCUUGUUAAUGAAAUAUCUACCCUCCAUCGUCAUGCUGAGGCAAAGUUCUCUGGCAAAUAUCGGGAAUGGGCCAAAGAACAUUUGUUUGAGUUGAUGCUUCCUGGUGAUGUCAAGGCCUGCAAGGAUGAUGUGGCACAGCAGAGCAUUGACACACAUCCGACUGAGCAGAAGCUUGCUGAGCUGCAAUUGAGUGGCUUGUGGCCACUGACCAGGUACUACGUCUCUCUUCCUACAGAAUUGAAUUGA